AUGCCUUUGACUGUGAGCUCCAAAUUAAGUUGGACAUGGCGUGAGGGGCGCAUGCGCAUGUACUAUUUAGUCGCACGCUCAUUAGUUGGGCUUCAUCUUAAAGCUCUUCACGAAUUAGAUGCUGAUGGUUAUAGCCCAAUGAAUUCUGAAGAAUUUUGUAUCAGCCCAACCUUUACAGAUGAUGGUCCUCAAAGAACCUUAUAUACAUCAUCAAAUAAUAAUUUACACCAAUUUGGCUUCAGUCCUGUACCAAAAUCAAUUCCUCCCGCUCUUGUUUCAAAUCCAGAUCGUCGAGCUCCAGUUAAUAAAUCAUCAGCAUCGUCACAACCUGUAGAAAGUUCACCAAUUCUCUUUCAACAGGGGGGAAAAUUAAGCUCUCCACAAACGUCCAUUUAUUUAACAGUUUUGGAAAAUAUCCGAAUGCUCGACAACGAAAGAAAUGAUAAACAGACGGAUAGCAAAACUCAGUCGUGGAUUAAACGUCUAAGUAUAGUGUCAGGAUUAACUUCAACGAGUAAAACAAAUGUCGGUCAUUCAGAGUUAAAUUCUAUCAGCAUGAAAUCUAUGUCAUUCAAUAUAUUACGAUUAGCUGUAGAGUGUACAUUAGAUGAGAACAAUGGUCUACGUCACUCAGCCCAAAAAGCCAUUAAUGAUUUCGGAAGGCUAAUACGAUGGUAUGAUGCUGAUCUUUUGUUGGAAAUGAUUUCGUUGCAUAUGGUAGAAUGUAUUAAAGGCGUUGUCGAAUUCGCUCAACGCAUAGACGUGAAACUUGGACCUACAAAUGAGCCAAUACUGAAUAUUGUCAAUUUCCACAAAAUGAUGAUAACGCAGAAGCCAUAUUUAUCAUGUUUACAGCUCCCUCAAUCAACUGCAAAGUGUUCACUUACAUAUUUCGUCCUCAAGCUGGUUACUAAACUGGAGUCUGUUAUAUAUUCUUAUAUACCACCAUCCGUAAAUUCGAGUCGGCCUAAUCCAGAUGUUCGUAUGACUGGUGGUCUUCUUUUAUCCCCAAUAUUGCCAUACCUUAUCACGUGGCCAUUAGCUCUUCUUCCUCCUAGCUUGGAUAAAACUUUAGGGAAUCCAUCAAAGGAGGCGAGGAUACUUGCUCUUCGUAAACUACUUCGCUUAAUUGCAGCUAUAAUACUUGCAUUGCCGAUCACAAAUAAGCCUGAAUUUUCAAAAAGUGAAUCAAGUGCAAUAAAAGGUAAUGCAUUGCUAAAAGAGCUUGCAUCAAUUGCUGAACAUUCUGUUGAAUUAGAAACUGUUGUCAGUGCUUGUUUUACUCAGUUGGAAAAUCUUGUUUCUCAAUUAAAUCAAUAUUACGAACCUACCCGAAUAUGUACUACUACCUCAUGGUGGUGGAUCCGUGCACUAUGUGAACAUCUACCUCGACUUAUGCAAGUCGCUCCAUUUUCCAAUCCUGUAAACAUAUUACGUCUUCUAAUCGAAGAUGUUAAAAGGAAAUCUAUAUUAUCAACAAAUACCAAACAAAAUACUGGUCACCAGACGGCGGAACCAACAAAAUGGUCGAGAGCACUUGAAUACGGUCUUCAGGAAGCCAAAUCUAAAAUAAGAGUAAGAGAAGGCAGUGGAGCGUUAAAGUACCAAUGGCCUAAGAAAAACAGUAUAUACUGGAAAGCAAAAGUGGAAAAAAAAUCACCGACAAGAUCACUCUCAUCUCAUAUCAUAGAUACUGCUCCUUCCCCAAUAGAUGAAGAACAACAUCGUUUCUUUGUAACGAGCGACAACGAAGAAGAAGAGGUUUUCAUUCUACAUGAAGAAGUAGAUACUUCCUCUCUUUCUGAUAAUGAUGAUGAUGAAGAAGAGCAAGAACAAGAAAUUAAAGAUAAUUUAUUACAUAAACAAGAGAAGGUCCGCAGCCUAUUUUAUAUUCCUAUAAAAGCUGAACCGAUAGAAACACCACCAGCUAUAGAAGAUGUACAUGAGUUGAUUGAACGUGUGCUCCAGUACUGUCGACCAGAUAUUGUAACAGCUGUACGUCAGAUUUUGUCAGAUUUUGAUUCACCAAACACUUCAUCACUAGAAAAGUCAAUACGGAUUCAAGAAAGUGUUUUAGGACAUACUAAAACUCCUGUCAUACAAUGA